AUGGCCGGGGAGUGCAGGCCCGUCCCCGGCGCGGGCUGCGCGGCGCUGGGGCAGCUGAAGGCCCUUGCCGCGGCCGCGGAGCUGGGCUUCGGGGGGACGCUGCGUGCAUCCAGCCUGCUGCUGACGCGCGAGAUGCGCACGGGAGGCGGGUCGCCGAUCGAGCACUCGCAUCGGGGCGUCGCAACACAAGGAACCUGUGGAAGGCGAUUUAUGGAGAGGAGGCGUGCUGCCAAAUAA